UUACGUUCGCGUACGCCUUACAGAUAGCGCCGCUGGGAUGAAGCUGAUGAGGGGAGAUGUGUGGUAUUUCCUCAACCCAGAGCUCACUCCUGAAGACGAUAAAGCGGCUUCAGGAAUGGCAGUGACUGCCCCUGUUGCAUUGACUGUGGACACUCGAGAUAAGGUGCUCAAGGUUGGUAUAGCGAGUGCGGUGGGGGAUUGCACGGCAGUGAUGGGGAGUAAAGGCAACCAUGGAUGCAU